AUGUCGCCGACUGCCCGCGCCGUCACUCAUCUCUCGCGGCUCCUCAGUCCCACAACGGCACCCUCGGUUCGCACGCCCUUCGUCUGUGCCCGCUGCCUCGCCCUUCCUUCAACUGGCACCUCGUACCGCACCUUCAGCAGCACCAUCCGCCCGCAGAAGAAAUCCGCCUCCAACCCCAAAUCCGCACGCAAAUCUCCCCACGUAGACUCCCCAGACAUCAGCCGCCACGUGCCCGACAACCAAGCAACGCGCGAACGCGAUGCCGAAAUCGAUCCCUACGACUUCACCGAGCUCCAGGCCGGCAUCGACAAAGCGCUUCUGCGCCUCAAAGACGCCCUCACCAAGACACGCGACGCCGGCCGCGUCUCCACCGACAUGCUCGAGAGCCUGCCCGUGGAGCUAAGUGUCAAAGACCCCGGCGAGCACACCGGCGCCUCCUCCUCCUCCUCCGGGCGCGCACCACAAAAAGAAAAGACACGGCUCGGCGACAUCGCGUCCGUGGUGCCGCGGGGCGGCCGCAGCAUGCAGGUCUUCGCCGCCGAAGCCGCGCACGUCAAGCCGCUGCUCACGGCGAUCCGCGCGUCGGACUACAGCCUGGCGCCCGAGCAGGCGCGGCCCGAGGACCCGAACCCGCUGUGCAUCACGGUGCCGGUGCCGCCCGUGACGGCGGAGACGCGGCAGCAGGCGGCGGGGGAGGCGAAGAAGUGUCUGGAGCGGGCGCAGCUGGAGGUGCGGAACGCGAGGGGGGAGGCGCAGAAGCGGCACCGCAAGAUGGAGAUCAAGAAGUUGGUCAUUGUGGACGAGUUGCGGAAGGCGCAUAAGGCGAUGGAGGAGGUGGUCAAGAAGGGAAGUGAGGAGGCAAGGAAGAUUUACGAGGGCGCGCUCAAGGCGUUGGAGAGGUAG